AUGGGCCCUGCCAGCCUCUGCCCAUCCAGUAGAGACUGGCACGAGAGCAGGCGAUAUCCCCCACUCAGCCCCGGAGCUGAGGGUGAGCACAGAGAAACUGGCACCGACCCCAGCGCCUGUGCCGAAGCCAACUCCACGCUUGCCAGGGAAGGGGAAAUGACCCGGCUGUGGGACAACACUUUGGGAUCGGGCAAACGGGACAUGAUGAGCUACUUGGGCCAUAAGGAGGAGGUGCAGUCACGAGCCCCACAGGCAGACAGACCCAGCUCUCCUCCGAAGACCUGCUUUGCCGUGGACGUGGUGGCAUCCCGCGUCGCUCGCGCCUCCCCCAGUAACGGCCUUCUCCCCGUCCCAGAGCGCCGUCCUGCCAGCCAGAAGCCCGAGGAGAGCUGGCCAAAGCACCGAAAAACUGACCCUCCCUGGCCAUCCACCCUGCCGGCCCGCAGCGACCUGCUGGCUGGCGCACGGGCUCGGGAGCCCCGCGGGCGCUCGGGCACUGCGGGGGCCGAGGGGCGGCACGGGCUGGAGCGGCAGCAGUACUCGGUGCUGGCAGACCUGCCCAAGCCCAAGCGCCUCGGCCAGAGGGACGCUGCUGAGCGCUAUGGCUCCCGGACACUCAGCCCCGGCCGAGUGGAGGUGGAGAGGAUGUUUGGAUGCGAACGCAGGAAAUCAGAGACCCUGGAGGCCUUCCAGGCUCUGGAGGAGGGCCGUGUGGACCGGCUCGACGGCAAGACGCCGGUGCCACCCAGCAAAGGCCACCUAACUCGGAGGCGCUCCAGCCCCAACCUGCCCAGGGAGGGUCAGCGACUCUCCUGGCAGCUGGAGCAGCGCAGCAGAGACCCCAAGGAGCGCCGGCGUUCCCCCAGCCCAGCUCAGCGCCCCGAGAAGGCCGGCAGGACCCGGGGGGACUCCCCACGCCCUGCCAGCCCUGCCUGGCUCCUGGAGAGGGGCAGCCCAAGCCCACGCUCUGCCAGCCCCGCCCGCAGGACGGAGAGGAGAGCAGAGGAGCCUCUGAACCCUCCCUGCCGCGCUGAGAGAAGCUGGAGAAGCCGAGGGGAGCCCACCCGCUCCCCAAACUCGGACAGGGGCCGAGCCACCUGGCAAGCAGGGGGUACACGGCAAGCACUGGAGAAGAAGAGCCAAGGGGAUUCCCUGCGCUCCACGGGCGCUGGGAAGGGCUCGGAUAACGUCAGACUGAGCCGGGCAGGGCCACCGCCGUGGGCCCUCAGUGCUGGGAGAUGUACAGAGAGCACAAGGAAAAGCCAAAAGGACAUCUCCCCUCCCAGCCUGGUGCGGGGGGCAGAGAGGCAGCGAGCGAAGGCAGGGGAGCCGCUGCACCCUGCAGGGCCCAGGAAGGCAUCGGAAGGCAGCUGGCAGAGCCUCCGGGAAAAGCUGGCAUCCUCCCAGCCUGGAAAAGGCACCAGCAGUGACUGCAAAGGCCGAGGCAAGCCCCUGCGCCCCACCAGCCCCACACGAGCCCUGGAGCAGGACUGGAGGGGCCGGGGGGAUGCCCACCAAGCACAGGCGUGGGACAAGGACUGGAAGCGCCAGGAGACGCCCGUGUGCCAUGCAGAUGUGAUGCGCCAGCUGGAGAGGGACUGGAAAAGCCCUGCUAGGUGUCUGGAUGCGGGACUGCGGUCGGAUGACAGCUGGAUAAGGCCUGAGAGUCCAGCACAGCAUCUGGAGGAGGACUGGAGGGGUCGCGAGCGCACACGAGAUGCACACAGCCCUGAGAAGCCAUUGGAAACUGACUGGGGGAACAAGAGUCUUCUCAUUUACCAUCCCCAGCUGGGUGGAGGCACCUUCCCACUGCAAAGCAGCACUGGCUCCUCAGGAAGCCCUCAGCCACAUUUGAAUGCCAGUAAGAAGCACAACAAGGUAGGGGCCAGGCCCUGGGAAUUGUGAGGAAGGGCAGCUGCC